CCUCCGCCAGGCAGGCCCUCGGGAAGAGGCUUGCGGGAGGGGAAGACAGAAGACGGGCUGCCCUCCAGGUUUCCGACUGCAGUCACUGGGACGGCCGAGCCCGCUCACCGGGCCGGGGGCCUGGCGGGGGCCGCCCGGCCUCACCGACGGGCUCGGAGUCGGGGCCGGGGGCCUGGCGGGGGUCGCCCGGCCUCACCGACCGGCUCGGAGUCGGGGCCGGGGGCCUGGCGGGGGCCGCCCGCCGCACAGAGCAGCGCCGAGUCCAGCGGCGUCGGCCCACACGGAAUCGGGCUGCGCUAAGGCGCUGCUCCAGAUUCCCCAGCUGCUUCCCGAGAGCGACCUGCUCGUUAGCUGCGCAGCGCCCGCCCCGUUUCCUAUAACGCCCCAACCCCAAAAUGGGGAACAACGAAAACAACCCGAACCCUACUACCCUGAAGCGCCUCUGGAGGCUGGAACCUGUUUCCCUGCAAAAUCCAGGGGCCCCGCAGCUGGGCCCCCCGCCGGUUGGGCCCCGAGCUCGCCCAUCGCCAGAGACCGUUCAGGACUGGCGGAGGCCCGUCUGUGGGUGGGGCGAGCCCGGGCGACGGCCUGCUUCCGGCGACGGCGCAAGGGCCGCCGGGAGCCGGAAGUCCGCCCAGAGUCGGGUUCCGCUGCGGCCGCGCGGGGGUGCCUGGGAGUCCGGAAGUCGGCGGAUGGCUGCGGGUUCCGUCUGGGAGGCUGCCGGGGCCUGCCGGCGAGUUUUACAAAGAGCAUUUUCACUGCAUAAAGCACGUUCAAUAGAGGAUAUGGAAAAUACUUUGCAGCUGGUGAGAAAUAUUAUACCUCCUCUAACUACCAAGAAGCACAAAGGCCAGGAUGGAAGAAUAGGCAUAGUCGGAGGCUGCCAAGAGUAUACUGGAGCACCUUACUUCGCAGCAAUCUCAGCUCUCAAAGUGGGCGCAGACUUAUCCCACGUGUUCUGCACCCGGGAGGCCGCACCUGUGAUCAAGUCGUAUAGCCCGGAGCUGAUCGUUCACCCGAUUCUCGACAGCCCCAGCGCUGUUCACGAUGUGGAGGAGUGGCUGCCCCGGCUGCAUGCCCUGGUCGUGGGACCUGGCCUGGGUCGAGACAAUAUUCUUCUUGAAAACGUUAAGGGCAUUUUAGAAGCAUCCAAGGCCAGGGACAUCCCUGUCAUCAUUGAUGCAGAUGGGCUGUGGCUGAUAGCUCAGCACCCAGCCCUCAUCCAGAGCUACCGGAAGGCUGUUCUCACUCCCAACCAUGUGGAAUUCAACAGACUCUCUGAAGCUGUGCUGAGCCACCCAGUCGAUGGUAGUGAUCAUCAUGAAGCUGUACGGAGGCUCAGUCAGGCCCUGGGGAAUGUGACCGUGGUACAGAAAGGGGAGCGGGACGUGAUCUCUGAUGGCGAACAGGUACUCGAGUGCACCCAGAAGGGCAGCAGCCGCAGGUGUGGCGGCCAGGGAGAUCUGCUGUCAGGCACUCUGGGCGUCCUGGUGCACUGGGCACUGCACGCCGCUCCUGAAAAGACUAAUGGGUCCAGCCCUCUCCUCCUGGCCGCCUUGGGUGCAUGCUCACUCACGAGGCAGUGCAGCCUCCAGGCCUUCCAGAAGCACGGACGUUCCACCACCACCACCGACAUGAUUGCUGAAAUUGGGCCUGCAUUCAGCAGACUCUUUGAAACCUGAGCCACGACAGCAAGAAGCAAGCGUGCUGAUGGGGGAGGCUGCCUUUGUCCUGGGAAUCCACGUCAGGUAUUGAUUUUGGGCUACUUGCAUAGUUGAUUUAGUGUCACUGUAACACCUCCAAGUAUUCCUGAACUUUUCUUAGCUGCUCAGUAGUAAGGGACAGAUGAGCUGUGCACAGGGCCAGCAGCUGAGCUUUGUGCGCUUGCUGUAAGACCAUGGACCCGCUCCUGGUCUGGGCUCCUUCCUCCUCACUGCCCACGUUUCCUGUGUGCGCGCAUGCACGCACAAGAAAUUCCCCGUGUCACAUGCUACUCACAAGACUCCCACUGGUCCUGUUAAAGUAUCUACAGGAUGAGGAGUUGUGCUGUUUAAAUUGAGGUCCACCAAGCGGCAUCGCAUGUGUGGUCUUCGGCGUGUUUGCUUUUUAAACACGGAUCUGGUUGGAAUUGUCGGCAGAAAUAGUAAGCAUGAGUGGUCAAGGUUAAUUGGUUGAAGUAUUAUCAGUGACCAGCUUUCAGAGGAAACACUCCUCCUACGUGUGUGUGCAGUGAUGGCGGUGGGCAGCAUGCCCUUGGAGUUGUGGAGCCCUCGUCUGUGAUGUGACCCAUUCACAGGCUCUCAGGAGGAACAGACGAAGUUGGACGUUUGGGAGCACCCAGGAGGCCCUAAGUGCAGGGACUGACUGCUAUCAUUAAAAGUGGGUGUUGUCAGGAAGAGAUUCCAUUAGAGGUGCCCUGUUAGCCUCUGGUUGGCACUCUAGGUGGAUGGUUUUCUCUGUGGCCUGAGAGCUGCUUCUCUGGUGUCUUUCUCUGUGGGGUUGGUUUCUGUGCCUGUGAAUACUUCCCGUAGGUUUCAGGGUCUUUCUACAAGGACAGGAGUUGUGUGGAUCCUUUACACGUCUGUUUGCCCUGAUGGUCAUCGUUGGCUGAUGUUCUCUGAUUGAGACCCUUCACCCCAAACGGAUCUUAAUGUUUCCCACUCUUGUUUCAUAUGUAAUUUGUUUCCCACUCUUGUUUCAUAUGUAAUUUGAGAAGUGUCACUGUUUUUCCCUUUGGGGAAUUACAUCUAAAUCCUGGUAACUAUUAAAAAAAGCAUAUCUGGUUUA